AGGCAUGAAAGAAAAGUAAUUGACCUUCUUUAGCAGUUGGCAUACACAUGUUCUAGCUGGUGCUACUUCAAGAGCAGUUUGACCUGCUCUGGUUACUACAACGAGAAACUAAAUAGCCCAUACAAAUAGAUGACUCGAACACAUAAAAACAGCACUAUAACAAUAAUUAGCCUCCUAUAAGAUCCCCUUCACAGAUUGAGAGCUGUGAUUACAUGAUUUACAGCCAUCUCCUUAAUAAGUAGCACAAGGAACUUUGCACUGCCAGGAUUUUGUACAGUUGAUAUCUGACGGUUGGCAUGAGGAAAAACUUUCUAUAGGCCUACAAUCCUUAUUUGGAUAUCUGUUAAGCUAAACCGUUAUGCACAGUCAUUCUAGGCCCUACCAAGUAGAAGUCAGGAUGUGACUCAGCCAAACUGGUGCAAAGACUUCAAACCAAGUGUGAAUGAUAUCACAGUGGUAUCCCCUUUUCAUGACUCCCUUGACCUUAAACGACCCAGCAAUUUGCAUGAACUUAAAACCAUAGCCUGCAUACCGACGGUCACGCUUUUCAUGUCUGUAAAAAUAGUUGUUUCUUAAAAUUAAUUUUAAAACACUCAUUAAAGCAACCAUGUCUACAAAGUCAUUGCUGUAUCGAUUUGCUCCAGUUCCAAAAGCAACCCCAUACAGGUCUUCCUUCAUAGCCUAAUUUGUUUACUAAAAUGGUCUCUGACCAACUAGCUAUCCCUUCUGGACUGACUCGACCCCUUUGACAGCCGUCGACGCCUACCCCCUUGUCAGUGUGCGCCUGGGCCAACGUCAGUACUUGGACUGCCACUCUGAAGAUGGCGGAGGCUGCAAUGGUUCCCCAACACCGCUUUUACUGUCACUGCUGUAAAGGUGAAAUCGAUCCAAAACUCCCGGAGUUUGUUUGCCCCACAUGUGAGUCUGGAUUUAUCGAGGAAGUGGCAGAAGGGUCAAGUCUUUUGGCAACUGGGGACACCACUGCAGCCAACGAUGAUGUUGGCUCCCAGUUUACAGAGCUGUGGCAGCUGCUCUUCAUGGAGCGCUCGGCCCUCCUCGACGACCCCACCAGCGCUGCGCCUCUCCCCAGCAGUGACAGAGCCGACCGGAGGACCCAGGUAGAGACACUGCCCUCUGCACCCUCAGAGCCAGAACCUCCAGCUCAGCAGGAUGCCCAGCAAAGGACACGGGCCAGACCGGACCGGGGGCCGGCGAUGGAAGGGAUUGUACAGCAGUUUCUGGCUGGUUUGUUUGGCAACAACGGAAACCCAGGUUCUGUGCCAUCCUCAUGGUCUCUGCACUCAAACCCAGGGGACUAUGCAUGGGGCCAGGGUGGCUUAGAUUCUGUCAUUACACAGUUGUUGGGUCAAUUAGAGAACACCGGCCCUCCCCCUGCCGAGAAAGAGAUGAUCUCAUCGCUCCCUACUGUAGCCGUUUCUCAGGAACAGGCUGCGUGUAGACUUGAGUGCCCAGUUUGUCGGGAGGAAUACGCAGCAGAGGAGAGUGUCCGGCAGCUGCCCUGCCAACAUUAUUUCCAUAGCGACUGCAUUGUGCCAUGGUUACAGCUGCACGACACGUGUCCAGUGUGCCGGAAGAGUCUGAACGGGGAAGACUACAGUUUACAGCCGGAGCCCUAUGCCCAGGUUCUAGAGCCCAGCCCAGUGACUGCGGAGACCCAGGGAGGAACAGCCCUUUGAGGGGAGCCUGCUGCCUCUCUCUGCCAUCUCCAAACCAGCUCCAAGUGAAUGUGCUCCAAGUACUUGAAACACUUUUCAAAGUUUGCAAAUUUGGGUAUCCCAAAGUUUUUGUAUUAAUAUCGUAUUCACACAGCACAGUAGAUGAUAACACUUCAAAAAUACAUGUUUUGACAAAACUCAAGUAACACAUAAAAUUCCACAGAGAGGUAUGCUUCUGUUCUCUGUGCUUCCUCACCCUCAGUCUUUGUGCCUCCCUCCUUUUUUAUGUCUGUGUGGAGCCGAGCAGAUGGACCUACGCUCAUCCAUGACUUUCUCUCCCUCUUUCUCCCUCUUUUCCUCUCCUCCCCCCUCUCUUUACCCCCAACUCCCAGGAGACCCAUCGUUAUGGAUCUCUAUGCUUUUUAAAAAUUCCACUGCAUCUCCACAAGAACUUCUGUAGGCUAUUGAAUGUGCAAGCAGUUAACAUAGAGAGUGGGUUUUUAUUCAGUGCCAAAAAAAAGGACUAGGGUAUACACUUUGUUAUCGAGUUGUGAGAGAAAUGUGGGACAGAUCACUGUGCAGUGUUAUGUUGUGUAGUGUGUUUUUUUUUUUGGCUCUGUGCUUCCUAUCCUGGCUGAUUUUCUCAGGUUUAUGAACUGAGCUGGGUUUGGACCACCCUCUCUGAAUGCAACUCUCUAGGUUGGGGCUCUGCCCUGUUAGAACCUCACCAUGAAGACCACCACUAUAUCUUCAUGGCUUCUUUUCUUGUUGUUGUUGUUGUUGUUCAUGUGUUGAUGAAUGUUUUUCUCUGUGACUUUUAUCGUGUGUUUCAUAACUGUAUGUGAUUGUUUACUGUUUGCCUGGUGCAUUUGCCGGGCUAAGGCAACCCUGAGAGGAAAUUAAGAUUAUUUUAAUGUCCCAGGAAUGGGGCAUUUUCUUCAAGGCUUUGUAAUUCUAUCAUCUGUUGCGCUAGCUUUCUCCCCAUUACACUAACCACCUUUCAAUAUUACCAGUCUUGUUUGGCUCUGCCAUUCUUCAAGCUCCUAAAGAUACUUACAGUAUUUAUCUUCUGUUUCAGUGGCCUCUUUAAGCUAGCAUAGCAUUGAUAGCUCUUUCUUCCAGACCACUGAACAUGCUCGCCUAGGGUAAGGUUGGUCCAGUGCCACUGACCACUGUCAUUUCAGAAAAACACUUUUAUGUAUAUCUAUAAAUGCACACUCACAGAGAAAAGUGCCUUUGGUAAGUGUAUACAUCAAGAAUUCGUACAGCAAGGUUAAGGCGAUGAAUGGACACAAAACAUUUUUGGAAAUGCAACACUGGAAUUGUUACCUUGAGUGAAUUGUUUUUUUCUAUUUGUAUAUACAUGUAUAUGGGAGUAAGAAGUUACGUGUAAUGGAGUUAUGUAAUUAAAUUACAAAACAAAUGUAACUGUAAUCUGUUACAGUUACUGAGAUAAAAUAUGUAAUUAAAUUAUAGUUACUAAUCAAAAUAUUAGUGAUUACAAAGGAGUUACAUCUGAAUAUACAAUUUUAAAGCUUAUAUGUAGAAUAUAACAUUCAUUCUGUUGCUUUGCAUCUUUUUGCCACCUAGACAGGCUCCAUUAAUUUGGCAUUUUUGAGCGUUGUUUUUGAUUGGUUCUAUGAUUUCAAUUAGCACUGCCUCUCACCUGCCAAUUAAAAAGUAAUCAAAUAAGGUACAUUCCUUUGAUGAAGUAACUAAAAUAGUUACAUUACUCAUUAAGUUAAACUAGUACUAGCAUAACUACUAAUCUGUAACCUAUUACAUUUCAAAAGUAACUUUCCAAAUCCGGUGCAUAUGUAUAAAUGUCUACGUAUACACAUGUAUAUGUAGGCAGGGGCGUUGCUGUGAGUUGAAAACAAUCGGGGAUUAUCGUGCGUUCAGGCGCCAGGGAAUUGGGAAAGUUCCCAUUUCGGAACGUCCCACAUCAAAGUUGAGAGCGUUCACCCAAUGACAACAAACAGGUAACUGUGUUAGGUAACCUUAAGUAGGUUAGCUAGCCAGAUGUUUAACAUUACAUUAUUACACAUAAGUAAACUGAUAAGUAUCGUCACAAUCACCUGUGCUAAUGAGUACAACCUAAAUAAACAAAGUGACUUAUUUGUGCGCAGAGCAAGUAGUCUACAUUUUUUUUAAUCUUUCACCUCAAACGUUGCUAUGUCGAGUGACGUCCAACCUACUUUUCGGAGCUGUCAAAAUGUUCGUUUGACAGGCGUUCAGGUGUAUUUUCCCAUUCGGAGGAACUUUCCCACUUCCCAGUUGCUUAUGAACGCACCAUUAGCCCAGACCUGUAGGGCAGGGGGCAUCCAUCCCCGGGAAAUAUAAAAAUAAUUCUGGUAGCCAAAUGCACCAUUUUCAUGCAGUUAUUGUCAUUAUAGUAUACUUAUAUAGUCAUGCGAUAUUAAAAUUGAGUCUCAAGGUUCUCCUCAUUUCAUUCCCUUUUACCUUGCUCUUGCCCUAAUGGUCAGCAACAGCAGAUAAGUCUACCUCCACCUCCUCUGACCUGGCCUUCGCCUCGUUGCAUUCAUCCUUUUCCUUUGUGAAUAAGUUUGUUAUAUUCAUAGCCUUUAAAUCUUGCCUUAACCAGUUAGCUACCACCAGAUGCCAACCAUGGCAAGCCCUUUAACCGAUACCUGCGCGCACUCUCUCUCACUUAUGAUCACACAAAAUGCGCGCGUGCCAAGUAGCUGCUUCAAUAACACACAGAUGACCCAAACUGUACUUGCGUUUUUGAUCCACGAUAUCAUAUGCGAAUAUCUUCGAGGCCUAUAAUGCAUGAUCAGAAUGAUAGACGAAUCAAGGUGGUAUCUUUGUCUAGGCCUAAUGAUGCCCGUGUAGCCUAUGUAGGUACGCUAUAAUUAUAAUACAAAUGAAAUCAAAUAUCUGACACUUGACCAAAAAAGACAAACAAAUACAACUCGCCAACAGUGAUUAUUUGAAGAUCCAAUGUGAUCAUUAUUCACCCAGUGUACCCCCACUAUUAUUAGGGAAAACAUUGUGGUCGGCUAUCAAUUUGGAGCAACAAUAGGCUACUGGCUGCCAAACCAGCGGUUGCCUCAGAGUAUUUAUUAGUCAUUUAUGUCCAUGAAUUAUACAUUACCACAUUGUAGCCUAGCUUAUUUAUUUGUUUACUAUUAGAUAUCACAUAGCCUAUGUACGUGUCUCUUUAGAAAAAUACCUUGCACAACAACUAAAACUAUGUAGGCCUAGUCCUAUUGCAUAUCUUAAUGACCCUGAAUAUUUUAGGAAUAUUAAUGUCAUAAAUGUCCAUAUAUAGACUGUGCGAAUCCACGGGUUGUUCCUCUGUCCCGCCUAUUCAUAGAAGGAGCCAAUAACGUGCAUAAACUGUUAUGCACAGGGAAUACAGGCAAAUCAACUACAAGGCUUUCGUACAAUUUCCCACUUUGCUAGUUAUGAUUGGAUUCUAGCCACUUUACAGACACUUCAACAACCUGCCUCUCUGCAACAAUUCCCACGGGAGUCUAGAUUCUUCACUGUGGGUAAACACUGCCACGAGCGCACGAAAACACCAAGGCGCGCUUUUUUUCCGCCGAGAAAAGGUUUCAGCAGGAUUGUGACGGUUGCGGGUGAUCACUCGAAAUAUACUCGAAUACAAACUGCCCAUUGCGUAAUAUCGUUUUAUACCACAUCACACGCUAAGGUGUAACAUUGUUAAAGAGAACACAAACAUCUCAGGCGGAGAACUGGGGGAAACGGGAGAAAGUGGUGAACACUAUACGCCACAUGUCCUCCUCCCUCCUGUCUUGGUCCUCCUCCCCUCGCUCACAGUCUCUCCCUCCCUCCCCUCCCGCUCUGUGACGGAGAGAAUGCCCGUGUUGUACUGACAGAAACGUUACGGGCUUAGCAGGCAUGGAGGCCCGAUUAAUGAGAGAGGCCCAUUCCGACACGUCCAAGCUCGACUAACACUGUCCCGGAGAAGGAUUCCGGCGACAUUUUGGGAUACGACGGAUAACAACCACUGUAAAGAAAAAGAAGGAGUGGGAGAAGAAAUACAGGGAGAGAUCCAUUUCGGGUCUCUGUUGAUUCAACGCAGCCGCCAUUUUGUUGACAGUUCGUGUUUUUUUAAUAACCUAUCCAACGCUAUAUCUGAAUAUCAUUUUACUUAAAAUCAAUUCUUGUUACUGUCUCUUACAGCAUAUCCAUUUUAUGAUCGUCCUUUAAUAGACUAGGCGAGAGUGCAUACUUUGCAAAGGAAACAAGCUAGCCAGUUGCAGCACACUGCUUCGUUAGCCGAGAGGGCUGUACACAGUUAGCCUGUAGCUAGCCGUAGCAUCUGUGUGGAUAUGACAGGACAGAUUAUUCGUUUUACCUACGGGUUUGUCUGGUGUAAUUAUCUUGUUAUAACGACAGCGUGGCUAUUGUAAUUAGAAAGUCUGACUUAACUGUUCUCCCAGAUAAACAGUGUUCAGCCACGAUACCAGAGAACCAACAUAAGUUACACCUAGCAAUCCAACCCUGAAAAAUGAUAGGCAGUUAGCAAGCUAGACAGAAACGCACUGGAUACAAUGUAGCACCAGGUUAUUAUUGAGUUCUAGCUUGCUACAAAAUAAACAUCUCCCUUCAAUGAAUGAAUUGUGUCAAGCGAACGACAUAGACAGUGUGCAUUCGACACUCUGUAAUGUCCACGCAUUAAAAGACACUUUUCUAUAACGAUAGAGUUAAACGUUAUUUAACAGUGUACUAGUGAGCACUGUCUUUACAAUUUGCUCUUUCUGGGUAGCACCCUGGCUAGUUAGCGUACGUAUUCCACUAUUAGGACGGUGGAUGGGGUCACUUCUGUGAUAGGAUUGGUAGCUUGCUAGCAGGUUUCAUAUCUAUAAGUCAAGAUAACAGCGCUUUGUUGCGAUAUAUUUGCAGAUUGUUUACAUUUCAUCUAGGUGAGGAAAAGUAUGAUGAAAUGGACCUUGAUGGAUUUCCUUUCUUAUUUUGACAUUUUUCUUUUAUCUUAUUUUUUCCCGGCAAAUCAGCACUUGCAACAAAAAUACCGUGGCGACCAUGAUGAUACACACGAAGGGAGGAUUUUGAUCCAAAUGAUGUGAGCUCCGUUUUUGGGCCGCUAUUAAGGUGAGUUACCAUGAUGGCUAUCAUGUUGUUAUCGAACCAUUUUGAAGCACUGUCAAUCUUUUGCUGACUCCUCGUCUUUCAGGUGAUUGGCCAGUAGUAUAAUAUUUUGUCUGUUCGAUUGUAUUUUCUGAAGAGGUAACUGAUUUGUCAAGGGAAAGCUACUAAUGGGGAGAGACGGGCAUUCUAAGGUCUGGAAAUCUCGCAUCAAAUCUCUAAUCGCACGAGGCUAUCAAAAUGUUUGACGGCGACACCGCUUGUGAAAUCAUUUGGCAGGUGUAAACAGCAGGGUGAUUCCCCUAGUUCUUUCACCUCGUUAAUAAUCGGAUAACGGUCUUUGGAAAGUCCAUUGAAAUAAUGGUGGUUGUUUCGUUGUGCGUUUGCUAUCCUAGUAAGAGUUGAGGUUUAGUUUUUGAAACAGAAUCUUUUUAAAGCUAUUUGUUACCUUUGCCUGUAGAGUUGAGUAUUUUUACUAGUUCUGUGGGUUUCAUGUGAUAGCCUACUUGCCUACAGAGACAUGUCGAUCAUCCUCAGAUAACCUAAUUUUCGGUAUACUUCACAGCACGUACAGAUGGCGUGUGUGUUAAGACUUGGACAAGAGCAAAUGAGACUACACGUGUAUCUCAAGUCGCUAAAUAAUCUAAGUGAACCUGUCCGGACUGCAGGACACCUUUGAACUCUGACCCACAACAACGCACGUGGGCUGUCGCAUGUUAGGAAAUAACGUAUUAACUCGUAGAAUGCUCAGUGUAGAAUACUCACACAUUGCUGGGAAAAACAGCCUACGUUCUAACUGAAUUCAAGAUGUUCCACCAUUCGUUUUCUUCAGCGGUUAUGUUGUGAUAUGUUUCGAGAAUGUGCUUGGAUUACUGAAUAUGAGCGCACAAGGUUUUGUUAAUCUAACGUUAUGUUUUGAGGUCAUAUUUUGAUAACGUAUGUAGUCUCACUAAACAGUUGUAAUACGUAAAUGGGUUUAAUAUACAAAAGACACGGAACGGCACAGCUACUACUGUGUGUGUGAGCGCGCAGCUCAGAGAUCUUGCGUGUCUCUAGGAUACAUUCAGCAGUUAUGAACAACGUGUGCAAAAGUGCGGAGUGCGAGGGGAGGGGGCGCGCUAAGUUUUUUACUAUGUCUACAUAUUCAUCCGCAGCUUUGUCGUACCUCUUCCAUCUCUCUUUCUCUCUCCUUCUUUCUCUCAAUUAUACACCCCUCAGCACUUCGAGCGGAUCAGUUACACAUAAAUAGUAUACCUAUAACAAUGGUACACAGUUUUUGUUUGGCCCCAUGUAUCCAUCUUACAGAAGAGGGUCUAUUGAUCAAUUGCAUGUGUUUAUCCAUUAAAUUCCUCUCUGAUUUCUCUGUCUUACACACCACAAGUUGAGAAAAAGUAGUGAAACUGCUUUAUUGAACACAUGGGACUUGUAUACAACAUUUGGGGUUUAUAUCCAACACAGAAAAAAUACUGCUAAAGCAAUUGUUUUUUAUGCUGUGUGAAUACCCUGAGGUUAAGGACAUUGAUUUGAAAACGGACAGAAGCACCCACUCUUGGUCAUCUUUAAUAUAUAUGAAAACCUUUGAAAGAGCUGAGAGGUAACAGUCUAUUCAUAAGGAAUGUGCACAUGAAGAAGAACUGAGUGAACGAUU